AACUCGGCGCUUCCCAAAGAGGACCCCCCACAGCGCGCCAUGGAGCGAUACCGGAACGCCACCGAGGUCCAGAUGAGUCAGAUGGUGCAGCCCUGCCACGCCAACCACCGCGGGGAGCUCAGCAUCGGGCAGCUGCUGAAGUGGAUCGAUACGGCGGCUUGUCUUUCGGCUGAGAAGCAUGCAGGCUGCCCUUGCGUCACAGCUUCAGUGGAUGAUAUCUAUUUUGAGCACACAAUUAGUGUUGGGCAGGUUAUCAACAUCAAAGCAAAAGUGAAUCGAGCAUUUAAUUCUAGCAUGGAGGUUGGUGUACAGGUCAGCAAUGAGGAUCUCUGCAAUGGUGAGCAAUGGAGUGUGUGCAAGGCAUAUGCAACUUUUGUCGCUCAGGGCAAACCAACUGCUAAGAUAAAGUUAAAGCCCCUGCAUCCUCAAACAGAAGAGGAGAAAACUGAAUACAGCAUUGCUGCUGAGCGUCGUCGUAUGCGACUGGCCCACACAGAUACAAUGAAAGAUCUGCUUACUAAGAGCCCUGUGCAGGCUGCUCUUGAGAACAGAGAAUGUAAUAUAACAGUACCUGCUGAAAAGACCAGAGUGGAAAGUGUGGAACUCAUUUUACCCCCACAUGCCAACCAUCAGGGAAACACCUUUGGUGGGCAGAUCAUGGCAUGGAUGGAAAACGUGGCCACAAUAGCUGCAAGCCGAUUAUGCAAUGCCUAUCCCACCCUGAAGACAAUUGAAAUGUUCCAUUUCAGGGGACCAUCACAAGUCGGGGACCGCCUUCUGUUCAAGGCCAUUGUUAACAAUGCAUUUAAGCACAGCAUGGAGGUUGGAGUGUGUGUAGAGGCCUAUCGACAUGAAAUGGAAGUCAACCGAAGACACAUAAAUAGUGCUUUCAUGAUUUUUGUGGUCUUGAAUGAAGAUGGUCAGCCACGCACGCUCCCAGUGCUGAAGCCAGAACCAGGGGAUGGAGAAAGACGGUUUAAAGAAGCUAGUGCAAGACAAAAAAUUAGACUAGACAGAAAGUAUGUUGUUUCCUGCAAACAUACUGAAGUACCUUUAUCUGUGCCUUGGGACCAGAGUAACAAGGUUUAUUUGAGUUACAACAACGUUACUGCACUGAAGACAUUGGUAGCUAAAGCCAACUGGGUACUUGCAUCUGAACAAGACAAGGUCAAGAUGUACAUCCUGGAAGAGGACAAGUUCCUCUCCGUCCGAAUUGAGAUGACCAUCUGCAUUGAUGUGCUGCAGGCUUUCUUGUUGCUCUCAGAUCUGCGCAACAGGCAUGAGUGGGAUAGACAUUGUGCGAGCUGUGAACUUGUCCAGCAAGUUGACAAAGAUGACAUGAUUUAUCAUGUAAUUACUCGUACUAUCAGUGAGGAAAACAAGCCUCAGGACUUUGUUCUCCUGGUAUCACGAAGAAAACCAUGCAGCAAAGGGGAUCCCUAUAUUUUAGCAUUCAGAUCAGUCACAUUGCCAACACAUCCGGCAAUGGCAGAGUAUACCCGAGGGGAGACAUUAUGUUCUGGCUUCUGUAUUUGGCAGGAAACAGAUGAACUUACCAAGGUAUCAUACUAUCAUCAGGCCACAUCAAGUGUGCUCUCCUAUAUCACAACGAAUGUAACUGGCUUGUCUUCAAGUUUCUAUUGCACAUUUCAAGACUGUGAGCGGUUCCUCCAGAAGAACAAAGACAGUGUCUCAGUUGGGCUUCAGGACCUUUAGCUGCACAAUCUUUUUUUCCUCUCUUUAAAAACUGUCCUAUGAUGAACUUCAUUGCAAAUCCUAUUAGAUAUUACUCCAUUGGGUAUGUGAAGAAAAGAGGAGGAUUGAAACAGACCUGUUCAAGUGCAUCGAUUUAUAUAGCCCAGUCUUAGGGAGAAAACCCAUUUAUGGUGGUUUAUGAUCUGAAUCAGAAUUUUCUAUCCAGGACAACUUAAUGAUCAAAGCUUUAGUAAUCAUGGUGUAUGUGAGCAGCAUAUGAAGAUUCUUCCAGGAUUUUGCAAGUCCUUACUCGCCUCUGGGUUGGCUUCUGUUGAAGUCCUAUAUUUAUGAUGGUCAGGAAAAUCUGAUGUUGAGUAGAACUUCAAACUUGAUACUUUUUGGUGAGGGUCUUCGGUCACCAUUUUUGCCUUGUUCAGAACACUAGGAAUUAAAACACAGAUUGCAAUUUUGUUUUAAAUACAGCUUAGGCAACUAUAGAAGUUAAAUGUAUUUUAAAGUGCCUUUUAAUCAAGGGAAUAAGAUUCAAAAGAGUGAAAAUUCAUAGGAAUUAUUUUUUAACGGGAGAAUCUACAACAUGAUAUUUGGGAUGGUGGUGGAUUAUCAUACCAUUAAAUACCUGUGAAACUUCAAAGCACAUUAUACAAAUACAGCAAAGUACUGAAAUCAUGUCACAUGUACAGGAAAAAUUUUAAACAUUCUUCGUGCAUAUUUUUUCCUGUAUGUUAGGAAAAUGCUGGUAUGUUUUCUCAAGAUUUGAUUAUUUUGUCACCAAGGAGCUAUUCCUGUAUGAAAAAACCUUUCAGAUUUAUCUUUGGUAUUUUGGAAUAAUUUUUUUUCUCUUCUUUGAUCAGAGAGUACCUCAUUAUCUAUUUUGGUAGAUAGUUAUUUUCUCUUAGGCUUUUGCACAAAUUUUGUCAUGCCCAGCUUCCCAAAUUUUUUAAUGGCUUGUACAGCUGUGGAAAGUUAUUGAAAUAAAUGGCAAUAAAAGAUAUAUAAAAGGAAAAAGAA